AUGGAGCACAACACCAACCUGUUCACCGACGCCCAGUUCCUGGCCGUCCCGGCGAUCAACUUCUUCGGACUGCCAGGCUACCAGCAGGAUACGGCUGAACAGAACUCUCUACAGCCCCUCUUUGCUCAAGUCUUCUUGGGCACCAGUCUCGCCGCUUCGUGCAUGCAGGCGGCGGCUGGCUGGGUUCUUGGGAUCCUCGCGUCCCGCUGGUCCGCGCCGGCUCCGCCCGCGGACCCGUCCUGCACCUGCAUCUUCAGCGGGCACGAGCCGGGCUCGGGCGUGCUGGACAUCCUCCGGGAGCAGCUCUCGCGCUGCGGCCCGGAGCACCUCGGGGCGGCCUGCCCCGCGUGCCCGGCCUGCGUGUGCCCGCAGUGCCCGGCCCCAGCGGCUCCGUCCGGGGCCUGGGUGCUCGUGGUCCUCGUCGGGCUCGCGAGCUUCGCCGCCGGGGUGGCCGCCGCGGCUGCCUGGCUGCUUCGGGCGGGGCCGCCUCGCGCGGUCCUGCCGCCGCUGGCCCUCGCGGAGGGUCCUGCUGGGGAGCUCGUGGGUGCUGCGACGCCGUGCCUCGUGCGGUACGACGACGACGAGAACUUCCAAUGGCACCACAGGGUCCUCCUCGUCAAGGGGCCGGACCAAUGGUGGGUGUGGGUGACUCCCGACGGCGAGAUCGCGGCAGCCAACCUGGGGGGCUUCCGAGUGGUCGCCCUCCAGCGUGGGGGAGCCUUCCCCGACCGCUACCGUGGCAACAUCUACGUGUUCGACGAUGCCGAUGUGGACGCCGAGGAGAUGCACCAGUACUACCGCGAGGCGCGGGCGCUGGGGGACAUCCUCGGGUACCCCGCCUCGGCGGCCCCCCUCGCGCGGGACGAGCGGUGGUUCGUCUCGGACCCGACCUCGCCCCAGUAUGGCGAAGAGGUGCCCGCGGCCUCCGUGGGCAACGACGAGGUGCUCAUCCGCCGGGGCGAGGUGGGCCUCGUGCUGAUCGACGACGUCUGGCAGACGGCGGUGCGUGUCGAGGCCGGCGGCUCCUUCGAGGAGUGGCAGGCUCGGGCGCGCGGAGGUCCUGGUCGGGACCCGCGCAUCGCUGGCGACGAGCGGGACGAGGAGAAGGAUCGCUUCAUGAGCUUCCGCACCUCCGUCUCGAAGAUGCGAGAGCAGGCCAUCCCUGGAUGGCCCCUCAAAGGGAAGCGGGCUACGCGCGAGGCUUGCCUCGCUCUUCGGGAUGCCGGACAGGAGGGUUGGGACGAACACCACACGACGUGGGUCAGGAGGUCCGGCAUCCCGGAGAAGAGCAACACCGCCCGCGAGCACCGGAUGCUCUGCUCCGUGCUCCGCAUCAUGCAGCAGUUCGACCAGCUGGACCUCUACAACGUGGCGGGGGUGGAGUACAUGGUGCGCCGCUUGAAGCAGCUCGAGGCUGCCGCCAGGCGCAACCCGAGGCAGCCCGACUUCGACGGGCUCGACGUGGUGCUGGACGCCGCCAUCGACGAGUCCGGCGGGUUCGUGCUCCCGGCCUUCGACGCCUGGGUCGGCGAGCAGCAGCGGUCCGAGGCGGCCAUCAUGAAGGCGGGGAGGCAGUGGCGGGAGGAGACUUCGGCGAGCGGCUCGAAGGACAAGCCGCCGAAGCACCCCAAGAAGGCCGUUCGCUCGAUCAACGACCUCUCCCGUGCCUCGGUCCACGGGUUCGGCAGCGUGCCAGCCCGUGGCUCCACCACGCCCGGCGCGCCCUCCGCCACGCAGGCCAGCUGCCUCGCUCACCUGCGUCGCAACAUCGGCCGGCACGGCCCACGGCCGCCUGGGCUCACCCCUCGCGGAGCCCUUCAGGAGCUCCUCAAGUCCGACUCGCUGUACGCCGGGGCGCCCUCCAAGGUCGCACCCUACAGUGAGGACAAGCUCAAGUUCUGGAAGUCGAAGAUCGUCCCGAAGCGCGUCGAGGACAUCUGCCCCGACUUCGUCGUCCGCGCCUUCGCCGACCCCGAUCGGUACGUGCGGAAGCCGGACAGGGUCUUCUUGGCUGAUGCGGAGGGGCUCGACCCCAUCGUGCCCUACUGGGACCCUCACCUCGCUGGCUCGCCCGACGCGCGGGUCAGGUUUGUCCGCCGCCUGGCGGAACGAGGCCUUGUCGGCUACCGUCGGCGCAUUCGUGCUCGCGUGGGCUGCUUCUUCGUCGAGAAGAAGGGGGGGUUCAUCAGGCUCGUGGUCGACGCCCGCGAGACGAACCGGACCCACUGGAGCCCACCGCACGCUGCCCUCGGGACCCCGGCCGCGCUGGCGGAGCAGGACUGGUCGGACGCUGCCCUGGGAGCCUCCGACGCGACCUCGGCGCCCGCCAUCUACGGUGCCUCGCUCGACCUGGCCGACAGCUUCUACCAGUUCUGCUCGGACGCCCUCGCCGAGGACUUCGGCAUGGACUACCCCGAGCCCGCGUCGGUGUACGGGGCGACGCACGUCUGGGAGGACGGCCGCCUCAUCCCCGUCGGCGCCGACGACGUGGUGUUCCCCGCCUUCCGUGGCGUCGCCAUGGGCUGGAGCUGGGCCCUUUGGGUCGUUCACUCCUCGGUCACUUCGUGGGUGGGUCACGCGCUCACGGGCGGGCCUGCGAGCCUCGUCUUGGACCGUCAGCCGCCGCGCCCGGCGGCCCCUGGCAGGCCCGCCGGCUCCGUCUACGUCGACAACGUGGGGAUCCUGGGUCUCUCCGCCGCCGAUGCUGCGGCGGGCCUGGCCAGCGUCAUGGAGGAGCUCGACCGCCGGGGCAUCGUGUACCACGAGGUCUGCGAGCCGUCCCUCGAGUUCGGUAUGGUGGGCGUGGUGUAUGAUGGCGUCCGUCGGACUCUGCGUCAUUCCGACGAGCGGGCCUGGCGGCUCUACUUCGCCUGCCUGGAGCUGGAGCGCCCGGGCGUGCCCCGUGCCGCGUGGCAGGUGCGGGUCGUCCUCGGACACUUCAUCCAGCACUGCCUCCUCCUGCGGCCGGCCAUGUCCAUCUUCCGCCACCUCUACAGGUACGUGGACGAGUGCCGGCUCGGGCCGCCUUCCCCUCUACCGAGUCCCGCUCGGCAGGAGGUCCGCGUCUUCCGAGGGCUCAUCUUCCAGGCGGUCGUCGACCUCGCCGCGCCCGUGUCGGACAUCGUGCUCUGCUCCGACUCCUCCGAGGCGGGCUACGCCCUACACCGCCGGCGCUGCGACCCCGAGGCGGUGCGCCGACUCGCGCGCCUUCGGGAGCGCUGGCGCUUCACGCCCGACGAGAAGCGGCCCGAGGCCCUGGAGGACGACACCUACACGCCCGGCUGGCUUCCUGGCGCUGGAGGGGUGCUCGGUGAGGGGGACCCCAGCUGCGGCAUCGCGACCUGGGCCCCGCCGCCGAGGAGGGCCGACGAGCGCCCCCACGGCACCGUCCGGGCUCGGGUUGCACAGGCACCGCGGCGCGCGACCUUCGAGGACAUCCCCGACGAGCUCGUCGCCCCAGAAGCCUGGUCGCUGGUCGUGGAGGGUGCAUGGAGGACGCGGGCGCCCAUCCAUAUCCUGGAGGCCCGGAUCGCCCUCGCGGGGCUUCGGCACGCCUCCAGGAGCCUCGAGUGCCACGGGCGCCGCGUCCUCAGCCUCGGGGACAACAUGGCCGAGGUGCUCUCGACCGAGAAGGGCCGCGCCGUCGACGUCGGCCUCGGCUCCGUGUGCAGGCGCAGUGCCGCCAUCCAGGUGGCCACCGGCAUCCGCUGGCGGCGCCGAUACCUCGACACAGGGAGGAACGUCAGCGAUGGUGGCUCGCGCAAGGCCCUGCAGGGGUUGUACCGCCCUGGGCAGCGUCGCGUGGGACCUGGCGCCG